GGACAAGGAAGACACUCUGCCGGGCAGACAGACUGUGCGCACUGUUGAUCUCCAAACACUGAUAGUUUGUCGGGGUUUGAAAUUCAGAAAUUCGCAGGAAGACUUCUGGUUGUUGGCUUCUCUUUCCAGGCCGGUUCCAAACCAAAAGACUAUUCUUUAUCGUAGGACAAGAGAGAGGACACAGCAUGCUGUCGUCCCUGAAGACUCUGCUGCUGCUCUCCGUCCUGUGCGCACCGACCUCCAGCCUGUGCCUGCGUCUCUACCAGAGCGGCUCCGACCUUCUGUGCAACGACCACAUGGCUCUGGGGGCUCGAAGUGAGGAGAGCGAGCCGGGCUACUCCCCUGUGGAUGCCUGGGCUUCCCUCCUGCAGUCCGCGGACUAUCUCUCCUCAUCCACCUCCUCGUCCUCUGCAGAGUCCAGUCGGGAAAAAAGGACUUCAAGUCCCGCAAACUAUCGCUUCAUGAGUCGGACGAAGCUCAGAGGGCAGAUGCUGCGCAACAACAUCAAAGGGGACCGGAGGAGCAGACUGACCCUGUCCCUGGAUGUCCCAACCAACAUCAUGAAUGUCCUCUUUGACGUGGCCAAAGCCAAGAACCUGCGCGCAAAAGCGGCGGAGAACGCGCGGCUCCUGGCGCAGAUUGGACGGAGGAAAUGAGAAAACGCGGAGAAACUUUGACUCGGCAGAGGGCAGUGACUCAAUGUAAUCAAUAACUUUUUGUCUCCUCGAAUAACCAACAACUUGUUUAUCUAGGGGAACAUUAAAAUAUCCACGCUAACAGGUGAAAUCAUAACUGCAGUGAUCUCAAUGUUUGUGAAUUAACAUCGUCUUUGUUGUACAAAUCAAAGCACAGCGAGAAACCUGUCAGAUAUUUAACUUGAUGAAACGGCGUUAAAGAAGGCUAAAUUUAGUUCUAAAAUACAUCAAAGUGAACAUUUGAUAUAGACUGAAGUAUUUAUUUAUUUAUUUGCUUAUGAUAACGCUUAAUUGGCCUAAAUUACUUUUGAUUUUAAAUAUUUUUUAAUAAACAUGAAAAAUUCUUAGUUUUGCAGUUGUGAGAAGCACUAUUUUAUAUGGUGCUAUAUAAGUAAGGUCACGUGAUUAGCUUGGUUAUAUGGUCUUAAUUCCAGAAAGAAAUAAUAUAUCGAUUGUUUUUCGUUUCCUUUUACCUUUGCGCACUAAUGUCUGCAAAGUAAGUUAGAAAAAUAUUGAGAUAUGUAGGAUUUUUGCCCAUAUUUAGAUUUGGAGUUUUUAGGACGAGCAUGAAUGUCGUUGCUGUUUUUUUGUGUGUAUUGUUUUCCUUUACUCAAAUUUCCCACGAAACAGUAGCACAAACAACUCGCUGACAAUAAAAUACUGUACAAAUCAUCUGCAGAGAUCAUGAAUACAGUAAAAUGCAAAUGCAUGUGAAUGUAUGUUGUCAUCAGAUGUUUCUUAUUUUUCUACUUUCCAAUAAAGGAUUAUUUUUCCUGAAAUAAAGCAGAUGUAACAACAUACAA